AUGAUUUUAGUAAGAGGAGUAAAAACAAAUAACACUGCGCCAUUGCUAGAUAGAGCUCCUAUUAACAUGCUCUUCCUACCAAGUAAGUAUAUACUAGAGAUAUAUGGUGUGGCAAAUAUUGUUAUAUUCGGAUUCGUGUUUUUUAAACACAUUAUACUAAUAUUAAGUAUAGCUACAAAUGUAGAAGCUAUUCAGUUUAACUUGCUAUUUGGUAUGCUCAUCUGUCUUAUAGUGUUUAUAGCAUAUAUGUUGGGAUUCAUAGUUGGGGAUAUUGCCGGCUUAGUGGCUAUUCGCGAAAUAAUUUCCCUUUUUAUAUUCUUCUAUACUCUACAUCUUAUAAUAAGUAUGUUCACUAUGAAGUUGCAUAAAUUUGCGAAUGCCCAAAGAUAUUUGGUGCUUGACUUCUUGGGAUCAUGCACAGACAAAGUAUUGACCGCCGUAUAUUAUAUUAAUUCUAUUAUAUUUAUUUCACUAAACAUAGUACUAGUAUACAAUUUAUUUGCCUGA